GAAAACUGGAGAGAAAUGAUGACCUACUUUCCCCGAAAUGUCAGUGUUUUAUUUCGCUGCGUCUGCAAGAUCGCGUGCGUUAGCUUUGCUGACUGCAGGGUUUUGCGACAUGUUAAAAUGUCCAAGUUCCGUCAAUAUUUCCUGGAAAUAAGUUGGAUAGGCGUGAGGGAUACUUUUUAGGGGUGUACGUGAUCCACCUCUCUCUAGUCGGGGACCUGGGGGAGGUUCAGUCCAGUUCAAGGCUACACCACUGCGUCUCGGAUUUAUUAAUGAUCACAGGUUGAUUAAAACCCAUAGGUUUUACAAUGGAAGAUGAAGCACCGGAUUUCAUUGAAAUCCACGAGAUUGUCAUCCAGAAGUUAGGUCAUGUUCCCAUCAUCAAGGGAGAUUUUCAUGUCCUCCCAAAGAAAGUCCAGAAAUAUUUGGCCAAAUGGGUUUAUAAAUGUAAACCACGAGCCCUGUAUAUCUGUGAUGGGACGCAUGCGGAGGCCGAGGAGAUUACGCAUAAACUGAUAGAGAGAGGCGUCCUGACUCCACUUCCUAAAUAUGACAACUGCUAUUUGUGCCGUACCGACCCCGCAGAUGUGGCACGAGUGGAAUCCAAAACGUGGAUUGCAACGGAGGAGAAGUAUGAAACUGUUCCUCAUGUUCGUCAGGGAGUGAGAGGCAUUCUGGGACAGUGGAAACAUAUUAAAGACCUGGAAAAGGAAGUCAGCGAAGACCUUGAGGGAUGUAUGGCGGGAAGAACAAUGUACGUGAUUCCCUUCAGCAUGGGUCCCAUUGGGGGUACCAUGAGUAAGAUCGGCAUCCAGCUGACGGACUCCAACUACGUGUUGCUGUGUAUGAGAAUCAUGACGAGAGUCUCCUCCACCAUCUGGGAAAUGCUCGGAGACAACGACUUCGUCAGAUGUGUGCACUCGAUGGGGUGUCCCCGACCGGUGCAGAGGAAGGUGGUGAACCACUGGCCAUGCAAUCCCGAGAAGAUAAUGAUCGGACAUUUCCCAGCUCGCCGGGAGAUUGUGUCCUACGGUAGUGGUUAUGGCGGUAAUUCGUUGCUGGGGAAGAAGUGCUUUGCUCUGAGAAUUGCUAGUGUCAUCGCUAGGGACGAAGGCUGGCUGGCUGAACACAUGUUGAUUAUGGGACUGACCAAUAAGAAGACUGGUGAGGAGAAGUUUGUCUGUGCCGCUUUUCCAAGUGCUUGUGGGAAGACCAAUCUUGCUAUGAUCAGGCCCACCAUUCCAGGAUAUGAAGUUCGAGUUGUAGGUGAUGAUAUUGCUUGGCUGAGAUUUGAUAAAAAGGGGGUACUGCGAGCCAUUAAUCCAGAGAGCGGCUUCUUUGGGGUGGCCCCAGGCACCAACAUGAAAACCAAUCCCAAUGCCAUGCUGACCUUCCAGAAGAACUCGAUCUUCACUAACGUGGCUGAGACUGCAGAUGGUGGAUUCUAUUGGGAGGGCAUGGAAGAUGAAAUUGACAAGAAAAUGGCUAUGACUAAUUGGUUGAACCAGCCCUGGAAGAUUGGAAUGCCCGGUAAUGCAGCUCACCCAAAUUCCCGAUUCACUUGCCCCGCUGCACAGUGCCCCAUCAUUCACCCCAAGUGGGAGGACCCAGAGGGAGUUCCUGUCAGUGCCCUCAUCUUCGGUGGACGCCGCCCCACAGGUGUACCACUAGUGUUUGAAUCAAACAGCUGGCAGCAUGGUGUUAUGGUUGGUGCUUGUGUCAAGUCAGAGUCCACUGCUGCAGCUGAACAUACAGGAAAGAAGAUCAUGCAUGACCCAAUGGCAAUGAGACCAUUCAUGGGAUACAACUUUGGAAAAUACCUGCAGCACUGGCUGGAAAUGGAAACACCUGACAGACAGAUGCCGAAGAUUUUCCAUGUGAACUGGUUCCGGGUGGAUGAACAUGGCAAAUUCCUGUGGCCUGGUUUUGGGGACAACAUUCGUGUACUUGACUGGAUCUUGAGGAGAUGUGCUGGUGAUGAAUCCAUUGCUGUGAAAUCUCCAAUAGGGAGUCUUCCCAAGAAAGGAUGCAUGAACUUGGACGGGAUUGAUAAUUUUGACUGGGAUGAGCUCUUCAGUCUUCCUAAACACUACUGGAUGGAUGACAUGCGCGAGAGCAAGAGGUUUCUCGAGGACCAAGUGGGCAUCGACGUCCCGCAGGUCAUCUGGGAUGAACUGAACGCCCAGGAGAAGCGCAUCGAGGAGUCCUUAUAAGGCCCGAUCAGCAAUAGAACUUCAUGAAAUAUCGUACUAGAGACAGAACUUCAUGAAAUAUCGUACUAGAGACAAUCUACAAAAAAUCAUCUUGCUACUAAGCUUGUUAAUCUUUGCUGCUUUAAAAAAAACGUUGAUUGGAUAUAACGUUUUUAUUUCACUAUUUGUUUAUCAUUGUUGUUUUCCAAUAAUGGAAGUAAAAGGCAUGUAUAGAAAUCGAAGAUUUAAGAUAUAUUUUGUGUAGUUACUGAUAUAAAAAGCGUUAUUAUAUAUGACUGGAAACCUGUGGUGAAAAUUGGUAUGCAGCUCAUUUUGCAAAUGUUGUGACCUCUUGACCCUUGUUGCAGUUUGAUUGGUCACUGGUCUUUUAUAUGAAAUGUCGUGAUCCCACGGAUCAGAGGAGGAGACCAGACAGUGUCUAUAAUCAAUUGUUAUUUGUGGCAGACUCGAAUAUUGGUGCAUUUUAUUUUCGUUGAAUGUUCAUGUGCCAUUUGUAGUGCUCUUUAGUUUAGUUUAAAGUAAUAAUCAUUUGGUUUCAAUUAAAGUGUAGAAUAUGAA